AUGAAGGCCAUGCACAGGGAAACCCGUCCAACUGCCACCGUGUCCUCUACUGGCAGAAUACGCAAAUCUUCGGCGGAACGCAAAGAAAAGCUUAAAGUGAAUGGUCGAAAGCACCCAUCCCGCCGCCUGGUUGGUUCCGACGAAGGCAGCUCACAACUCGAACUCGUGCUCUCUGCAAUCCGAUAUAUCCGAGAGUUGCAAUCUCAACUCGAGAAUGACAAGGAGAACGAUCUCCCGGAUCCUCUACAAGAUUCCCUCCAGGAUCUGUUCGCCCAAUGUUCUGUGGGGAAAACGGCUACUGCUUGA